GGCCCCACCGCCGGCUUGCCUUCCUCUACCCGCUGCCGCCUCCUGGCUCACCGCUGUUCGCUGGGCCUCUCACCGCCCCUAGCCCGGGAAUAAGUCGGUCAGGAAGGCUCCGCUGCCACCAUGGCAUUUAAAGAUACUGGCAAAGCACCUGUGGAACAAGAGGUGGCCAUCCAUCGAAUUAGGAUUACUUUGACAAGUCGCAAUGUAAAAUCACUUGAGAAGGUCUGUGCUGACUUGAUCAGAGGUGCUAAGGAAAAAAAUCUGAAGGUGAAAGGACCUGUUCGCAUGCCCACCAAGACUCUGCGAAUCACUACCAGGAAGACGCCUUGUGGUGAGGGUUCCAAGACCUGGGAUCGGUUCCAAAUGCGGAUCCAUAAGCGGCUGAUUGACUUACACAGCCCUUCUGAGAUCGUGAAGCAGAUCACUUCCAUCAGCAUUGAACCAGGUGUAGAAGUUGAAGUUACAAUUGCUGAUGCCUGAGUGAUGGUCACCGCUGAAUAAAGCUGAUUGACAAAUUUUCAUCGCUGUUUAUUUUCAUGUGUGGGCUGAGAAUCUCAGGUAUCCCUCUGAUCAUCCUCAUCAAGGAGGACAGCAGAGAGGAUUGUGUGAUAUUUAAGGAAGGAUGUGCCUGUGGUGAACACCAGGAAGAUGAAAUUUGGGCAUCAUAGUU